AUUCUCCCUCUCUAGAACAUGCACUGAAUUGGCGAUCGCGAUCGCGAAUGAUAAAGUUACGAAUCUCAUCGCGCGUCUUCAUCGUCUCUUUCAAUAUCCUCUGUUUCAAUCCUGACAUGAAAUUAUAGCACCAGCUACAGGGAAGGGCUGAUUUAAUAUCUGGAAAAUAUCAUGUUGCAGUGCUUAGGAGGAGUAAAGCAUGUUGUUGUUUCUGUCGUUUCGAAUUGCUGUGAAUCCGAUUCAAAUAAGCGGUUUAAGGGCCUUCAAGAUCCUCAAACACUUGCUAGGGAAACCGUAUUUAGUGUAAAUGAAAUUGAAGCAUUGUAUGAAUUGUUUAAGAAGAUCAGCAUUGCUGCGGUGGAUAAAGGGUUUAUAAACAAGGAAGAAUUUCAACUUGCAUUAUUUAAAACAAACAAAAAGGAGAGCAUUUUUGCUAACCAGGUCUUUGACUUAUUUGACAGAAAGCGCAAUGGAAUUUUGGAUUUCGAUGAGUUUGCUCGUGCCCUUUCUGUCUUCCAUCCAAAUGCACCAAUUGAGGACAAGAUUGAUUUUUCGUUUAAGCUGUAUGAUCUUAAGCAGCUAGGUUUCAUCGACAGACAUGAGGUAAAGUCAAUGGUGGUGGCUACUCUUGCUGAAUCUGGUUUGGAUCUCUCAGAUGAUGUCGUGGAGAGUAUCAUUGACAAGACUUUCGAAGAAGCGGAUACUAAACAUGAUGGGAAGAUCGAUCAAGAAGAGUGGAGGAACCUUGUAAUACAACACCCUUCCCUUUUGAAGAAUAUGACUCUUCAAUACCUAAAAGAUAUCACCACUGCGUUUCCAAGUUUCGUGUUUAAUUCACAAGUGGACGACGCCUGAUUUUAUUCUAAGAUCAUUUCGACAAAGGGUAUGAAAUUGUUCAAGAAGAAGUAGACAGUGCGCGGAUUUGAAAUUUUGAAAGGGCAGACAAAUUUCCUGGUAAGGAAUGUUAUUACAAAUUGGAAGAUCAUAUAUAGGUCUUUGUGAGGACUCUGUGAUUAACUUCUCCAUUAAUUUUUUUAUUUUUCAAACGAUGUUAUUUUGAUUUUAUUUAAUAUUUUAUUAUCAAUUCUUUGGCUCAUUUAUUCAUUUUUUAAAUUGGUUAUGAAGACUCGAAUGCUUAAUUUUGUGGAAUUGAGUUUUUCAUGAAUGUUUAAUCUUC